AGUGUGCACGUGCAACGGUCCGCGGCAGUAUCACAAUCACCUCUCUCGCGUAAUAUUUCCGACUACUGUACAUUUUGUAAAUUAUUACAAGUUUCCAAAACGAAGCAAGUGUUUUUUAAACAUAAAUAGGGGAAGGUCUCUUUUCGGUACCGAUGUUUAAGAUCAAUAGCCUACGUUAAUUAUCAGGGUCAUUGUGUAGCCUAACUAUCAUGGGAACGUAAACAAUUUGUAAAAUUUUCGGCCGAUUUCCAUUUUAUCCAUAAAAACAAAUUUCCCCCAAAACACGAUUUUUUAUUUGGAGAUGAUUUACUUCCGGAACUAUCCGGGUUGCUCCUGUGCGUGUACUGACUAGACUUGCUCGAUGAUGGAAGUUACCCUCUCGGCACCCUUGGACUUCAGUGUCGCCGUCAAGAGCGCCCCCCGGCUCGAAGUCAAGAUGCCCGGAGUUGCGCCUAGCUCUGAUGCCAGCAGCGCUUUCCGCGUUGUCACCCCCAAAGGAAAACAAGGUUUACGAAGUCCGGAGCUGUCAACCUCCGGAGGCAGUUUCUCACCCCCGACCUCGGCCGGCGACCUCGGACCCUACUGCAGCAGACUGUGGACCUCCUCUCCCCAGGCAAGAGGGGAGUUUCUUCCCCUUAUGCCUCGCUAUCAACCGAUCCAUUCCUCGCCGCCGACAGCCAACCCUGACGCUAUCAAGUUUGGAGUGGACAGAUUAAUGGAAAAGUCUGAAGACGAGGAAGAAGAUGAGGACACUUCCAACAACAACAAUCAUCAGAUGAAGAACAUCAAUGGGGUGAGGAGUGAUGUUACCACCAUGACAGACGGUGACGCCGGGUCUCCCAGAAGGGUGGAGUCCUGGCGAGUCUCAAGGUCGAGGUCAAGAUCGAGGUCGAGAUCGAGAUCAAGAUCGACGUCACCAGAACUGGAGGUGGACAGUCCGCCGAGAACUCCCCCAUUGGAGGUCACGAUGCGGACAACUUCUCCCGUCAUCAAGUCCAAGAAAGCCGAAGCCUUCAGUGUCAGUGCCCUACUGAGGCCGGAUUUUCCUCGGAUCAGGAAAGAUCCAGGAAACUAUCCUCCUUUCUCAGAAACAAUUUCCGUGACUAGGUCUUUUUUCUAUCCUGGGUUACCUUUCUCCGACAUCCUUCUGAAGGACAAGGAGCCGAUCAACUCAGGACUUCUUCCCCGACAUUUUCUGUCUCCACCUGGAUUUCCGCUGGCUCCUGGUCUGUAUGGAACACCUAAGGACGGUGAUGUAGAUGCUAACAAGAACCUCUUAACCGGAUCUCUGUACCUCAGCCUCGGCGCUGUCCAUGCGGCUGCAGCUGCAGCCAUGGCGAACUCCUCUGUACCUCAAGGUGCUCCAGGAAGCGGGACCAUGUUCUCCGGGAUACCUCCGCACCCGCCCUCCCCCGAGGAUCUGUUCCGACUGAGACAUCAACUGCUGACCUCCAGCGGCCAGGACCCUCACCACCACCACCUGCUGAUGCGAGGAGGUGACGUGUACAGCUGUGUCAAGUGCGACAAGAUGUUUCCCACUCCUCACGGACUGGAGGUCCACUCCCGGCGUUCUCACAACGGCAAGCGACCGUUCGCCUGCGAGCUCUGCAACAAGACCUUCGGGGCCGAAGUCAGCCUCAGUCAGCAUAGGUGGUUGUGUUGUCGCAGGUCAGUUCACAACGUGGAGAAGGUGUUCGAAUGCAAGCAGUGCGGCAAGACGUUCAAGAGGUCGUCCACUCUGUCCACCCACCUGCUGAUCCACUCGGACACUAGGCCAUACCCUUGCCAGUUCUGCGGCAAACGUUUCCACCAGAAGUCCGACAUGAAGAAACACACAUAUAUACACACUGGAGAAAAGCCUCACAAGUGCCAAGUGUGUGGGAAGGCCUUCAGCCAGUCCUCCAACCUCAUCACGCACAGCAGAAAACAUACGGGAUUCAAACCCUUCGCCUGCGACCUUUGCGGCCGAGCUUUCCAGAGGAAGGUGGAUCUGAGGAGACACAAAGAGACCCAACACACAGAGAUGAGACCCGCAAUAGACCCUGCCAGACCCUCGCUGAACCCCCAAGAUCCUCAACAGUGCAGAUAUUUGUCUGAGUGCCCACCCGCAUAGAACCCGGCCCCACGGCAGGGUCUGAACCCCAUCAGACCGUUGCUGGACCAUGGUAGAUCCUCGUUAAAUCCUCAAGACCCUCGGCAGUGCAGUUUUUACUCCGAAUAUCCGUCUGGAUAGGCCUUGAUCUGAACUCAAUGAGCAUUGACUUUUCGGACUUUCCGCUGAUGAUCUUUUGAUCCAGAAUCUUAACGAUGCAUACAUGAACCAUUACAAAUGACUGACCUAGAUUGACAGACAUAGCUUUACUGAAGCUCAGAACCAUGAGAUCGUUGUUAGACAGUCAUGUUGUCUUUAUUAUUAUUCUGGUAAGACGCUAAAGACAAUGGAGUAUUUAAGUUUGUAAACUUCAAUUCAGAACGUGAAGUAGAAUAUAAGUACAUCGUCAUAUUCAUCAUAGUUUGUUAAACUAGGUUUAUAUCCUACAAACCUAUCUGUGAAAUCCACUUUUGUAAAUAUCCACAUGAGUUGCACCACCUAUUAUAACUGUAUAUAUUUGUUUAUCAAUGUAAACCAUACCAAAGACGUACUCAUUUAGCAUUUAACAAUGUAAAUAUGUAAUAACAAGAUUGCAAUGUACAAUAUAUUAUUUAUUACCUGAUAGUUAGUUAAUUGUUACUUUAUAUUUUAUAUAAAUUUAUGGUAGGCUGUAUAAAUGGAAAUAACUUCCUGGUAAAUAUGGUUCCAGAGGUCGUCCUUCUCUAAAAAUAUCAUAAACAAUAAAUUAAAUAAAUACGAUUGUAAAUAUUUAGAAACACGACAUUAUUUAUUAAUAUUAAAUAAAUAAACAAUACAUCACACUGACAUUGCAUAAAUACCGGCUUGUAAUUCAGAAUCAAAGUGUGUUUCGGCAACAUUACAGUAUUAUUUAUCAUUAUUCAACAAACAUUAUAUUAUUAUGUUGAAAAAAUAUAAAUGGACUAAAAGUAGUUAACUGUAAGAUAAAACACUUGCCGUUUAAUGUUUUAGUUAAAUAUAUUUCGAGAAACAUAAAUGUUUGCUGGAAAUUGAGGGAACGUAAUAAGUAUUAAUUUACCCAUUUUUUGGUGAAAAUGAAACAUGAAUCGAGACUCAGAUAUAGCAUUAAAGUUAUACAAACUAUUUACGUAAUAUAUUAAAUUUAUUUCAGUGUUUUAACAGUAAUAAAUUAAAAUUAAAUAAUAACAAUUAAUUAAUAGCAGAUUUAAAACAGAGUUAAGGUUUUUAUACUGACUUAAAAACAUCUUUUCGUUGCGCACCAAUAAAUUAUUACGGUUCCAUCCAGGACCACUAAUGCAGGUAUCGAGGUUGGUAACCCUACCUAUGCAGAUCAUGAAAGGGAAGAUCUUGAUUAAUAGGAGUGUCGCAAGGCAUCAAUUAAUGAGACGGGGGUUUUAAUCGUAAGAUCGCACUCGAAGACACAGCUAAUCCAAUUGCCACCCCUUGAGACCCCCCUCCUCCGCCUUCCAUCGUGACGCCAUAUUCUCGGAAAAGCCCAGCUCGAGUUUCCGAACCACUUUCGGUCCUGGAUUCUCCCGGAAUACUAAUACAAACCAAAGUGAAGAUUUAUAAGACUCGAGUUACAUCUUAGUUUUUCCCUUGUCACUCUGGCCUCUUGGAUUUCCUGAUAAACCGAUAUCAUCCCUCCCCCUCCUUCUCCUCGCAGUAUAUUCACAUUAUCUCUGAUCUCUUCUCGACUACCUCUCCUCCAACAUCACCCGUGGAAAACUCAACUCACGUAUUUUAUCAGCUUAGUCUGAUACAUAACGCAGAUAUAUUUCGAUGAUUAUUUUUAUAAACAACACAAAGAUCCCGUCCUUACAAUUUCUUGCGAAGUUUCAAAUUCAAAUUCUUUUAUUUUCAUAUGAUUACAGAAAUAUCGAAACAGAUAAAUUCGUCAUUAAUGAACUUAAAAUUUAAAUAAAUUAUUUAAAAUCAUAUAAUAUGAUUCUUAUAACCAAUUGUACUAGUUAUUAUGUUUAAUUAUGCUAUUUUCAUAGUAAUUUAAAUCAUAAACAAACUAACGUAAAUUAAUUAAAUUAUAUGUGUAGGUCCUGAUAAUUUAUUUUUUACGUAUUUAAUAGAUGAUACAAUUUGAUAGACAGUGUAGUAAUUGUGCUUACUUCCUAAUAAUGGGUUAGGCCUCCUAUUCCUUUUAUCCUGCUAUUAUAGUUCAUAGCAAAACUUUAAACUUUUCUGUUAUGGUAUAUCGACUAAUAUAAAUUUGAAAAGGGCCAAAACCAAGUCGAAAUUGUAAUUAUUCCAAAUUUUACACUAUGAAAAAUCAAAUAUUAUUAUAAAUAUAUUAAUAAAACUCUCAAAAACAAAAAUUUUCAAUCUUCUGUAAACCUUUCGUAAAGUUUGCAGAAGUUAUUUCGUUAAUAAUGUUUUAUAAAGCAAGAUUAAUGUUACUAUAAUUAAUGAAUGUAUGAUAUAAUACUAAAAUAAUAUUGUAUGUGUUUGUAUUUAGAUUUCAAAAAAAGUAUUUAUCAGUUGAGCAAGUAGCAAAAAUGUCUUAAUAUAAACUUAAAAUACGCUGUCUGAAAUGUUUUCAUUGAAAUUGUCAUGUUUACAGCACUAAUAAUUGCUGUUAAAUUGGAAACAUAUACGUCAAUUUAACUUUAAACUUAAUUUGUUCUCAUAAUUGACAGAUUCAGAAGUAAACGGAUAACAGUGAUGUCACUUAGUUUAAGUUUCUAAUUAUUACUUCGUGGUUUAUAGAAAAUUCUGUUAAAAUUAUACAAGAAAUCAAUUUCAUUCCUUGUGGGACAUGAAUUCAUGUUAAUUAUUUAUUGUUAUAUUAUAUUUUGUACAUUUAAUUGCUUAUCAAUAAUGGACCAAAUUCUACAUAUAAAUAAAUUUGAUAACUGCACUAGUAUAAACAUGGCGCAUGCAUUGAGGUAGUAGAUAUUACAAUUAAGUAUACUGUUUUGCUUUUUAGCUGCUAAUAAAACAUGCCACUCUCUAUGUACAAAACUGUUGCACUAGCAUGUACAGAACAGUAACCUGUUAUUAAGUCCGUGUAACAUAUUUAGUGUAGGUUGUUACUGAUGUACAAACUCAAACCUCCAUAUUCUGGUCAUUCCAAUGUACAAACUUAUGCCCGUCGUGUACCGUAAUGUAUGUACUGUAUUUGUAUGUCUCGAUGUAUCUUCUGUGUAGAUCGCUGUACAUAUCUACGUCCUUUGUAUUAUUUGCUCUAAAAUCUUCUUUAUUGUUAAUAAAACUUUGUUGAAAACUAU